CACUGAGCUGCCGUAGCAUGAAUAAUCUGCGCGUGCUGCGAUCCGCCAAUGUGCUACUCCUGCUCACGGGCUACCAGAUGCACUGGUUCGAUUCCAAGCAGCAGCGCUAUCGCAUAUCGCUCCCAGGUGCGGUCAAUGUCUUCGUGCUGGCCUGCAUCUAUGCCGCCUGCUUCGCUCAGCAUUUUCAGAACUCCGCGAUGCUGAAGACGUUGCUCGAUGUCUCCCCGUUUCUGUCCGGAUUGACGCGCCUGCAGCUGCUGCUCAGUGUCAAGGUGUUCAGCUACGCCGUCUUCGCCUCUGUGCGUGCUGUGGGCGUGGCCAACGAGUUGACCGUGUCGUUGCCCAUGACGAACGCCCCCGGCCGUCGCUGUGUUGUGAAGGAACUGAUUGCCUAUGCCCUGCUCGGCGCCACGUUCGUUGUGCUGCUCAGCUUUGGCCUGUACAUUGGCUACGAAAUGGACUUCAAACUGCCGCCCCUCAAGGACAUUAUGAUAGGAACCGCGCUCUUCCUCCCCCAUCUGGUGCUCGCUGGCGCCCUGCGCUUCUACAACAUCUUCGCCUGGCUAACGCGUGAGCGCUUGUCUCAGCUGCAAACAGAUGUGGAUGAGCUGCUGUCCCUGAGCCAGGUGCGCACCGAGCUGCAGCUGGUGGCCGGUGGCAGCACUGCCCCAGAUCCAGCCGCAGCGCCCACCCACGUGGACAAUCUGCUGAGCCAGUGCGAGCAGCUGCAGCUGCUGGCCAAGCACUUCAGCGACUUCUUCGAGUGCAUGCAGCACUCGCUGCUGCUACUCCUGGGCUUCAAUGGCAAUUGCCUGCUCUUUGGCAUCUACAGCUAUGUCUACUACAGCAGCACCUGGCACAUCCUCUUCAACGAUCGCCAGCAGCGCGUCUUCUAUGCGGGCAAUGCCUGCAUCUACGCCUGCAUUGGCUGCGACUAUGCCUGCUUGCUGCUGGCCCAAACGCUGCUGGAGCAACAGCGCCUUCGUUUCUGGACGUGUCUCAGCGAAAGACUGGCUCAGAGCACUGCCGUGGCCAAGCCCAUGCGUCGCACUGUCAAGAAUAUGCGCGAUAUUCUUCACAAUUCCUUUCGCUUCAGAUUCUUGUCAUUUUGGCGCUUUAAUUUGGCCAAUUUCAUUCUGCUGCUACUGCUUCAAAUUCUGAUUAUAGCUCUGAUUGUUAUAUACCAUUACCUAGACGAUGCUAUUUUAAUGACCAACGAACGUUUCGACAGCAACGACGAUGAUGAAUAA